GGAAGAUGGAAGGAGCGUCCUUCGGAGCGGGCCGGGCCGGGGGGGCCAUCGACCCCGUGGAUUUCCUCAAGCAGCCGCAGACCCUCCUCCGGGUGACCACCUGGAUCUUCUCCAUCGUGGUGUUCGGCUCCAUCGUCAACGAGUGCUACGUGAACAAGGACAGCCAGCACCCCGAGCUGCUCUGCAUCUUCAACGAGAAUGAGAGUGCCUGCAGCUACGGCAUCGCCGUGGGCGUCAUCGCCUUCUUCGGCUGCAUCUUCUUCUUCGUGGUGGACCUGUACUUCCAGCAGAUCAGCAGCGUCAAGGACCGCAAACGGGCCGUGCUGCUGGACCUGGGCUUCUCAGGUUUCCUGGCCUUCCUGUGGUUUGUAGCCUUCUGCUUCCUGGCAAACCAGUGGCAGAGGACGACGCUGACCAGGGGCUUCUCGCAGGGCGCCGACGCCGCGCGGGCGGCCAUCACCUUCUCCUUCUUCUCCAUCAUCAUCUGGGUGGUGCUGGCUCUGCGGGCGCUGCAGCGGUACCGCCUGGGCACGGACAUGUCCCUGUUCGCCACCGAGCAGUUCGGCACCGACCCCAGCGCCUCCUACCCCGGCUACCCCGGCGGCAGCGGCGUGGAGAGCACGGAGACCUACCAGAGCCCCCCCUUCACCGAGACCUUAGAGCCCAACCCCAAAGGUUACCAAGUGCCAGCGUACUGAGGGGCUGCGGCGGUGCCACCCCCGCCCGCUCCCAAAUGUCUCCAGCCCCAUUUCCUUGCCGUGGCGAGUCAGUGCCGGGUCCCUUUAUUAGCUCGUUGUGCAGUGAAUUCUGUACAGUGGUAUUGGUUCUUGUCUUACCUGUCCCAGGGUUUCUAAAAGCAGUGUUCCCUCUAAGCCAGGAGGAAGGAAGGUUGGUACCACAUCACCUACACGCGGGGAAGAGGAGGAAAUGCCCCCUCCGAGCCCUGCUGGGAAAGCCCAGGACGCCUUUUCCUCUUAGAAAGCAGCAGCUGAGGAAUCUUUAUCUCGUUCUUCCAGAGCUAACACAGAAUCCAUCGAGGGUGGGUGGGCAGUGGGCAGAGCUGGCCCUGGCUGCUCCCGCUGUGGAGCUUCCAGUCCAGGUUCCAGGAAAGUGCCAAAUUCACAGGGAAAUCAGGGGUGUCUGUGUUGUUUUCCUUUGUAUAUAUUUGCUGUGCAAAACAAAUAUCCGAACGGGUGUUUCCAAACUUGGUGUAGAGGAACAGAGGGGGCACAGCAGGCCAGGGCUGGGAUCAGUACCCAGAGUGCUUCUACACUUCAACAGCUUCUGGCUGAGGGUUUAAAAAGUUACUGUUUGGAAGAGGAAACCAGCAGGAGCUGGUUGCUAACUGGGGAUAGCCUGUGAUCGGUGGGAAUGUGGCGCUUUGUGGUUCCGUUUCCUCGUGGGGGACUGGGAAAUUUGUAAAUUCCUAAGGAAUUUUUGGUUGGCAGCGCUGACACGUCCUCACCCCGGAGAGGUGAGGACCAAGGUGAGGAGGGGCUCAGACUCGACAUCCGAGGCCAUUAGGAGCAAUAUUGGACUUGUAUUUUUGUUCUGGGAGCAGCCACCAUCUGUCAGCUGCAGCAGAACCCCGGGUGGGGACACGUGUGUCACCCUGCAGCCUCCAGAAAUGAGGGAUUCAGGCAGGGAACUGGAAAGGCUUCACGGGCCAUUGGAGUCCAUCCCGCGUGGGCUCACAGCCCUGUUUGGAAAUGGUGUGGGAAGAGUCAGUGAAAAGCACCCAGGAAGGAGGCUCAGGUUGGGGGUUUGACUGCAAAGAACAAGGAAAAGGAGGGAAUGUGUAAAAUCCAGCAGGUCCCUGUCAGCCAGCUGCCAGCUUUCCCUGCCCGUGCUGCAGCUGGUCCAGGCUGAGCAGAGGAGCUGAAACUUGAAUUCCCAGCCCCGUGGGUGGCAGCUCCGUCCCUGGAGGCUCCCGGCACUCCGGGCUCCUGCCGGCAAAGCCACCACUGCCUUGCGACCCCGUGAGCAGCAAUAGCCACCCCCAGUCCCCUCCCUGUCACAGGUCCUGGUCACAGCCAUCGCCACAGCUCAUUCCUGCUGCUGAGCCGCAGAUCAGCGCGCUAAUUAAUGAGCAGCAGAUAAAUGCACUAAUUAAGCAGCCAAUCACCCCGAGAGGUCGCUGCCGGUGGCGAAGCGCGUUCCUUGCCUUGGCUCCAGGUCCUGGCUGUGCCCAGCCCCUCGCAGGUGCCUGACCACGGACACCCCAGCCCAGUGCAGUAUCAGCCUCAAGGAAUUCCGAGAUCUCUGUGGUUUGUGGAGUCAGUUUUGCUGGGAAAGAAAAAAAAAAAAAAAAAAAAAAACCCGAGGCUUUUAAUACAGGGUACGGUAGAACUGUAGCAAUAUUUUCCUUAGAGGGAACACUGAAACUUUAGCAGCACAAACAGUACUUGUGUUAAUAUUUUAGCAAAAUUAUAAUCAAUUUAAAUGUUUAAAUUGAUUGUACGUGAGAUAAUGUUCGUUGGGUACAGUGUAUUUUUUCUAACUAUAAUAUAACCGUUCCAGAGUUUCCGUGUAACCGUAAAGAGCUAAAGCUGUGUCUGCCUGCGGGACACGUCCUGCCCCGUGUGCCCCCCGUGCUGAAUAUUACACGCUCUGAAUGUCCCCCCCGAGGCCUGCAUUGCCUUUCUUUGCCCCCACACGCACAUCCCACCACGCUCUGACCUCUGGAGCAGCAGCAGGGACACGGGGACGAGGCCAGCACAAUUCCUGGUGCUUCCCGAGGGUUGCUUCAGCUUCCCAGGGCUGCCUUUUCCUUGCAGGAGGCUGCUGUGCUGGGCAGGGAGCAGGAGGAAGGGCUGUUCCUGGCAGCACAGGAGAUGCUCCUGGAUUAAACCAGAGCUGGGAAUAAAUAACCUGUCCAGCCUCAUCACCCAACAGGCACCUGGAGGGAGCUGAGCCCUGAUCCUCUGCACCCAAAGUGGCGGUGCCAGGCAGUGCAGGGCUGGCACCUCUGCUGGGGUGGCACUGGGACGGGCAGCUGGGACAGGCAGGAGCCACAGCUGGAGCGUUUUUCCAGAGAAUAGCACUGGGCUGGUGUCCCAUGUGGCUGUGCCAAGGCCGUGUCACCAGGCAGGAUGGGACAACCCCAAACUCCCUGGCCGUGGUGAAAGCCUCCACCCACCUCAGCCUGCCUCAAACAGCCCCAUCUGGGGCUUUGUUGGUGGAGCCCUGGGUGACACCCGUGCCUGGAAUCCUGCCCCGAAGCCUUUGGGAGCCCCCCCGGUGUCCCCACAGUGCCGGGUGUCACCGGUGCCCUGCGGUGGCUGUGGCAGCCCCUCGGUGUGCCCCCCAGGCAGAGCAGGGUGUGCAGGUGGGGCUGGCACCAAACACACCCCAGGGGGGCCCUGGCUGGAGAACCAGAGCCAUGGCUGCAGUAACCGUGGGGUGCUGGGGGUUCAGGGAUUUGGAACAUCACUUUUCCUCUUUUUUCCUCUUUUUCUCCCAGCCGUGGUUACAGCAGCACUCACCCCCUUGUAACCACCCAGGCCACAUCCUAAGAGGAUGCCAAGGCUGUCCCAAAAUUGUCCCAAAAGCAUGCCAGGAUUGUCCUGAGCGUGCCAGGGCUCUGCCACCCUCACAAGCUGUUUGUAGCCCUCUGUUCUCCCCAGAGGUCAGCAGCACCUUGAGCUCACAGAGGGCUCAGCUGUGCUCAGCCCAGCCCAAAAGCUUCUGCACAGUGUUAGCACUAAAUUUGGGUGUAAAGAGCAGAAUUCCAGCAUUCUGCCUUUCCUGGGGCUGCAUUCUGCCCCAGCCAUGCUCCUGCUCCAGGAGGCUCUGUCCCACCACCACUGUUCCUCAGCGCCGAGGUAACCACAUCAUGCACUGUGCAAUUCAAGCACAUUUAAAGAUUUGGAAUUUUUGCCAACAUUUCAAGCUGUUCCCAGCAAAGGUGGAAGCUUUGUGAUGUUCGAUAGAAAAUAUUCUCCCCCCUGCAUUACCUGCUCUGUGUCAGGGGCUGGAAAGCAAACCCCUCCCUUUACAGGACAGCACUUGGGAUCUCACUGCUCUUGUGCCUGGACACUGGGAUGAGAUUCCCAUCAGUUCAUGCCACAACAGCGAGUGACACCCCCAGCAUUCCUGUGCCCCUGCCCAUCAGUCCCUGACAGGGCUGUUCUGUACCUUCCCUCCCAGUGCCAGCCCCCACGGCGCAGGGCUGGCUCCUGCCUCUGUUCCUUAGGAAAUCCCAUCAUUAUCCCUUGCAGUGGGUAUUUCUCUCAAUAAAAACUGCUGUGUGUUUCACAGACCCCUCCCAGCCCGUGCUGUCCCCAAGCAGGUGGCUCUGGUCCCCCCUGGUCCCGUUCUCAGUUGCAUUUUGCCCCCGUGUGUGUCACAAACCCCUCUCCCCCUCAGUGAGGCUCAGGCCCAGCCCUCACUGCCUCAACUUGAAGCCCCAGUUCAGCUGCCUGGAUUUUGUUGCAAUACACAUUCAAACCUCAGCUCCUUUCAGAGUUUUAAUCUCCAACAGCUCCCACCUGAGGGUUGGGAAGUUCAGUUUCUUUGCCAAUACCUCUGUCCAAGCAGACGCUUCCAGGAGUUGCAGUUGUCACUAACCUCUGUGCAGUGUAGUAUAAAGUGGACUGUGUAUGGAAAUAAGUUAAAAAUGUUUACAAUUUUGUAUAUAUUAUAUAUAUAAAAAUAUCUUUUGAGAGAACAA